AUGUUGAUGGGAUGGUGGACGAAUUGGGGACUGAUAGGAGGUGCUACUUGCGCCAAAUGGAGAGUGCUUGGGAUCGGCGUAAUGAUGGGGUGGGUCAAGCAGUCUCCCAGAGGGAGCCAGGAAGGGUGGCAGUGAAAUUUGGAUUUCAUACACGAGGACAGGCCGGAUCUGGCUGCGCAAGAGAUUCGGGGUAUGGCCGGGGAGGUGUUGGGGCAGCCCCGGUGGUAAAACCAGUUAAACACAAC